AUGCCCCUGCCCCACAGGGGAAAAGGCUCCCGCGUGGCCGGCUCCCGAGUGGCGAGCACUAGCCUCCCGCGGGCUACGGCCCACUCGCCAAGGCGUGCCGGCCGCGGGGCCCCGUCGUCGAGCCAUGCACAACGCCUCACCCGGCGACGCCAUUCCUCGGAGCAGGUCCCACCACCAGGGCCCGAGCCGCAGGCUGACUUCCGCUCGGGGAAGUGGCUCCAAGAGCGCGCCGGAGGGGACGCCAGGGACUCGCGGCAGGCUGCGCGUGCUGGGAUGGGAUCUAGGCACAGGAUCUGUAGUCAGGAAGAAGUAGUGAUCCCUUGUGCUUCUGACAAUGAUUCAGGAAGUGUGGAUUUGCAGCUGAGCAACUUAGAGGAUAUUAGAAAAGAUCCAAGUAGCCUUGAACUUACAGACUCCGACAUCUCUGACAUUGCUGGACUGUCUCGGGAUUCGCUCACAGGUAGCUUCAGGCACCUGACCCAAAAGGGCGCCCUCAGUGAGGCCGUUGUUGAGAGGCUAAUCCGAUCUAUCCAGGAGGUUUUUGAUGGUGAGCUACAGAGUGAACUUGAGAAGCUGGCAUUCCUACAAUCUUUGUCUUCUCUCAGCCGAACUUUACCUUACGAUGAAACCACAGAAUCAUUCAUUCACAACCACAUAGCAGACAUUGUGCGUAUCCUAAAUAUGCUGGUAGAAGAGGAGCCUGUGCAUUCUCUCUUCAGCUCCGUGCGCCAGGAGGUCUUUGUCACCAUCGCUGACCUCAGUUACCAAGAUGUCCACUUGCUAUUUGGCUCUGAAGAUCGAGCUGAUUUGUUCAGUCUUAUUACGAGAAGUAUAAUCGCUCUGCCCUCUGUAACAACUCUUAUCCAGCUGCAGGAAAUCAUGCCAAGUGGGUCCUACAACACAGAGUGUCUCUACAGGCAGACAUUUCAAGCAUUCUCUGAGAUGCUCCAGAGUUUGGUAGUAAAAGACCCACAUCUGGAAAACCUUGACACCAUUUUUAAGCAAAUGGACCCCUGGUUACAAUCAGCCAAAGACCAUGAGCGGGAAAGGGCCACAGCCAGCAUGGCGCAAGUUCUAAAGUGCUUAUCCGGACACCUCAGCCUGAAGCUUCCACUGCGAUUCCAAAGGCUUGGGCACCUAGUGGCUCUGAUGGCCCUACUGUGCGGGGACCCAGUGAAGCAGGUAGCUGAGGAGGCCGCAGAGGGCACGCACUACCUGCUGCGUAUCACCCUGAGGCUGAAGUAUGUCAGUUAUGAGAAGAAAAAUCACCCAAGCUUGAGAAGAGCAAUGAAAAAAUGUCGAGAACUCCUCGAACUCUACAGUAUUAAACAGUUCUACAGUUGUCCCUUCAAAAUUGCCCAGGUCUUCGAAGUUUUUCUCAAUUCCAGUGAGCUCUGCCAGUUUGUAAUGACUACAUUGGAUAGCCUCGAAAAUCUGAAGCAUCCCUGCACCCAGCAAUCAGCAGGAGAAUUGCUGAUAACGUUGGUAAAAAAUGCGGAAUCCCGCUUUGAGAAGGUGCCAGAAAUUAUGGGAGUGAUCUGUGCCCGGCUCUCCAUAAUCAGCCAGCCUAGAGUCCGACGACAAAUCAUAAAUACUGUGAGUUUGUUUAUCUCCAGGCCCAAGUACACAGAUACAGUGAUCAGCCACCUUCUGUGUCAUCCAGUACCAUAUGACAGGCAUCUGUCUGAGGUGUGGAGAACUCUGGAGGUGGAACUGCCCAGCACUACCUGGAUUCUGUGGAGACUUCUGAGGAAGCUACAGAAAUGCCAUAAUGCGCCCACCCAAGAGAAGAUGGCCUAUGUGGCUGUUGCUGCAACAGAUGCCCUUUAUGAGGUGUUUGUGGGGAACAGGCUCCGAGCAGCUACAUUCCGACUCUUUCCUCAGCUUCUCAUGACACUGCUCAUCCAGAUACACCACAGCAUCGGUCUCACCAUGUCUGAUGUCGCCAUCCCAAGUGGCCUGUACUCGGAACAGGAAAUGUCUUCAGAGGUCACCCCUUUGUGCUUCGCCAUACAAGCUACAAAGACUCUCCUCCUCAGAACGUUGUGCUGGCAGGAAUUCAACAUCAUGGAAAAGAAUAAAGGAUGGACCCUCCUGGAAGGAAAAGAGUGCCAUCUUCAGGGAGUAUCUCUCCUUGCCAAUGCAUUGCUGGAAAGAAAUCACCUCCUUGCACAUAAAGUCAUGUACUUGUUGGUCCCUCUUCUUAACCGAGGGAAUGAUAAACAUAAAAUCACAUCUGCAGGAUUUUUUGUGGAGCUUCUCCAGAGUCCAGUGGCUAGGAGACUACCCAGCAUAUACUCUGUCGUCCGCUUGAAAGACUGGCUACAUCACGGAAAUAACGUCUUCAAAUUUCUUGCCCUAAAGGGACUGCGCUAUCUUAUCAAACACCAGGAGAUGGUGGUACCCUCACUGUCAUCACAGCCUGGGUGACAUACAGGUAUCCUUUUAUGUCUUGUACCGUGUUCCCCUAAGGAGUACAUUGGACAGACCGUGAUAUCUGCUCCCAGGAUAUUUAUCAUCUAAACAAGGAUUGCUGACAUUCAUGUUGAAAGAGAGCUCAUUGUCUACAGACCUAGCUAGAAACCAGGCCUGGAUCAGAAGGAAAAAUCAAUACCUGGGCCUUCAAUUUUAUCACUUGAGUUCUAUUUUUUUAAAUAUUUAAGUAUGUAUCUAUAUCUGAAACAAAGAUGACAGAUGCUAGCGUGUUAAUUCUGGUUGUUUGGAUACAUGAAUAUUUGUUGCCUUAUUCUAUUUACUUUUUACAUGUGUGUUUUAAACUGUAAAACUCUGAAAUUGCUUCCUUUUGGGAAUUUGAGAAGAACAGAAUCCCAAUUCAGGAUGGGGAGGACCCUUAACAGUCCUCCAUCUCUGCCGGAAUUCCUCCAAGGAAUCUUAUUGCCUCUGGAUACAUUCCAUAUUAGAGAACUCACUAUGACCUGAUCUAGCCAUUCCACUUUCCUCUCAUAGGAAGCAAUUUCUUACAUUAAUCCUAAAUCUGUUACUGGCCAUCCCCACUGGGUCCCACUUCUGACCAAUGAGGCAACUUAUAAUAGCUCUUCCCCCUUCUCUAUGUAUCAGCCCUGCCAAUACUGAGAGGGCAGUCAUGGCCUCUGAUUACUUUUCUGCUCUCAACUAGCCAGUGCUACCAAUUCAACAAGCACCAGGUACUGAGUAAAGGUGGGGAGCCCUACUUUGCUAUCAGAUGAAGUGCUCUCAGGAGGGUGAUGGUGCACUCCCUUUGGACACACAGAGGGAAGGCAUCAAGAGUCUGUUGCCGUGCAUCUUAGAUCUCUUAUGUGAAACCGAUGAGAAGAUUGUUUUGUUGGCCAUCCAGAUACUCCUACAACUCGUUGGAACAAUGGAUU